GCACGUAAGUCUUGUACGCACUAAACAUACGAUUGAGAAAGAGGGAGACUGUGACUCGCUGAGGGAGCAUAAAAUCCGCGAGUGCGCGGCACGUUUUUCCGUUCUCCGAAUUUUUUUUUUUUAUUCGUCUAUCGAAGUGACCGGCAUCUCGACGAGUGCGAUUUAUCGUUUGACUCUAGUUACACUUCGUUCGUCAAGUUUCCUCUCUUACGGGCACACGGGAAUAAUUGUGAAAAGUGAUCCCUGAAUUUCUACGCGCGUGAAUGCGACGUAUCGUCGUCGCGCAGACGUCUGCCGGAGUCCCGCUCGGCUUGGUGCAUCCCUUGGCGCGGAGAACAGAUUUUACAGUCAAGGUGACGAAGAGAAGAACUUAAAGCGAGAAGAAUCGGGUCGUAGCCAUGAAAUCCGCGAUCGCGCUGCAGCAGUUUAAAAAAUGCAUCAUCUUAUUUAUGAUAGGCAUUGGGUGUAGCUCUUUGACAUAUGUGAUUUAUGUCAGCGAUCCCAUGGCCAUAAUAUUGGAAUAUAAUGUACAAAUGGUCCCAAACUCAUUGCUCUUCACAAUAUGGAAACAACCACCUCUUGAUAUUUAUUUAAAUGUAUAUGUAUUUAAUGUUACGAAUCCAGAAGAAUUUCUAAGCGGCAAAGAGAAGCUUAAAGUUCAAGAAAUCGGACCAUAUGUAUAUCAAGAAUUUCUUGUUAACGACAACAUUACGUAUAAUGAUAAUGGCACCUUGACUUAUAUUCCCAGAAGAACGGUAAUUUAUAUUCCUGAAAGAUCAAUCGGUGAUCCUAAAGAAGACAUGGUUAACGUCCCAAAUAUAGCUUACUUAGGGGCAACAUCCGCUUUGACCGAUGCCGGAUUUUUAGUAAACUAUCCUCUAGUACAUUUAGCUAAUUUAAUGAAUGCAAAACCGAUUCUCAAUAUCUCGGUGUACGAUUAUUUGUGGGGUUACGAGGAUCCAUUAGUAAAAUUGGCCAGUGGAGUAGUACCAAAUUUUAUCAACUUUCAAAAACUUGGUCUCAUGGAUAGGAUGUACGAUGAGGGAGAGAACAUCGUGACGAUGAUUAUUAAAAAGAAGGAUGAUAUGCUAGAAGAAAAAGGGCGAUAUCUCAGCAUCGACCAAUACAAUGGCAGUCCUGGAAUGGCACAAUGGGGAUAUAUUGAACCGGAAGGCAACGAGACGCGAGAAGAGAAUACAAUUUGUAACAGGCUUCAAGGUUCCACAGAAGGCCUCGUAUUUCCAUCGCACCUAGAUAAGCGUGUCAAAUUUAAAGUCUUCAGGAAAGCAUUUUGUCGACCACUACCGAUUAAAUUCAGAAAAGAAACUUGGACGGAAAAUGGUUUGCCAGGAUAUUUGUAUACUCUCGCAGAUGAUUUCGCCGAUCCGCCUGAUCAGAAUCCAGAAAAUGAAUGCUUUUGCCGUAAGAAGACUUGUUUGAAGAAAGGAUUGUCUGAUGUAACACCGUGUUACUACAAUAUCCCAGCUGCGGUGUCGCUUCCGCAUUUCCUCGAUGCCGAUCCGAGUUUGUUGGAAAAUGUGGAAGGCAUUAAGCCUGAUCGAGAGAAGCAUGAAUCUUACGUAAUACUGCAGGAAACGCUCGGCGUGCCCAUCUUUUUUCACUCUAGGAUGCAGACGAACCUAAUAAUGCGUCGUUCACGCUAUAAUUCUAAAAUUGCGCGAUUUGAUGACCUCACGUUACCCUUAUUUUGGUUUGAUAUGUACAUUGGAUCAGUGCCAACCUAUCUGACAAUUAUAUUGAAAUUAAUACUUCGAAUACUACCGGUCGCACAGACAAUAUUGAUGUAUCUGCUCGGUAUAAUUGGAAUAACGACAUCAGUAUUAUCGCUGAUAUCCAUUGUAUGGGUAUUCAAUCAACAACAACCACAGGAGCAGGAAAUGGAUAGAAGUAGCGAUAGUCUCGACUUGAGGAUACCUUUGUGUAAUGGCCAAUUUACCUCCAUCAAUAUUUUACCGACGAUGAAGAAAGUGCCGUAGUGAACGUUCGCGCACGCAAUCGCGUUUCGAUGGAAAUACGGAAGAGAUGCGAUCUGUUUGAUGGACAUGUAUCACAUCGGUGCGCGAUGCGCAACAGUUUACUCCACAAAUUACUUUAAAAUAAAUCAAUGAUCCUUUUACAACGAUCUGUUAUUCGCAGCAUCACAACGACGGAAGAUUGUACGAGAUCAUCAUUCUAGUGCAAAAAA